UGUGUACACAGACAUAGGAUGUUUCAUAAUUUUUGUACAUACAAGAGUGAGAUAAAGUAGAGAUACGCGUGGAUAGAGUGGAACAGAGUUCACAGAUAAGAGCCGACCCGAACAAAGACUUGACAAUAGCGUAGCCGAAUGAAAAUGUGCAACUCCUUUUAAAGCUGCUUUGUUUGCUUAGCUUUUUUUCCAAAUAAGCCUCAGGCUCAGUUCAGAAGCUAGUUGUGCCUUCCAGAAUCUCUCUUUCCAACUCCCCCUCCAUAAAACCCCACCCUCCCCCCUUGAAAAAGCAAACACCCUUUUCUCACCACUCCACAAAUCUCUCUUCACUUUCCUCCCCAGCAAGAAAAGUUCUUUGAAACAUUUUAUCAAACACUUUGUGUGCCACGAAAACAGACGAACAAUGCCGUCAGAAACAAGUGUUCAGCGACCAACUAAGCCGACCCAAGUUGGUGCACCACCACCUGAGCCAGAGCACCUCCGGUGCCCACGCUGUGACUCGACCAACACGAAGUUCUGUUACUAUAACAACUACAACUUCUCUCAGCCUCGCCAUUUCUGCAAAGCUUGCCGUCGUUACUGGACUCACGGCGGGACCCUCCGCGACAUCCCCGUCGGCGGUGGGACCCGCAAGAGUGCGAAACGCUCUCGUUCAAGCUCAUCAUCCUCCCUUUUCUCCGACCAUGAGUACCGCCACAUGCCUACCCCAACGACGCCGUUUUUCCUCCCGCUCUCUAACGGCGAUCAUAACGGCGUGUCAGUUCCGUUUGUAAACAACGGGAAGCCGUGUUAUAAUAACAUGGCUGGGAGUUUCACAUCUUUGUUGGGCACUCAAGCGCCCGGGCUUUUGAGUCUUAAUGGGUUUGGGCUUGGAUUAGGUUCUCAUGGGUUUGAAGAUGUGGGCUUCGGGCUUGGCAGAAACGUUUGGGCUUUUCCACCUGUUGGUCCCGGUGGUGUUACUGAGAGUGUGGGUGGGAACACGUGGCAAGUGGAGAGUGGUGAGAAUGGGUUUACUAAUGUGGAUACCACCUUUUCUUUACCAGAUCUUGCUAUUUCAACUCCCGGGAAUGCUAUGAAGUGAACUGGAAAUGCGUUACUCUUUUGUUACCUUAUAUUUUACAGUAGCCUUUUUAGUUCUAUAGUAGUCAUGUUUAGCUGGUGGUAGUUGCGGUUGUUUAAGGAGCUAUGCUUAGUUAAAGAAAAGAAGAGAUGAUCUAUUAGCUAAACUGAAUUAACAGGUUGUUGAUGUUCAUUGCUAUGUCACAAACUAUGCAAAUUUCCUCUGCUUUUGUUUAUAAAUGGCUUCUCUUUUUUAUGAA